AGGAAUACCCAUAUAUACCUCUCUUCCUCUUCUCCUCCGGCUCCUCCUCACCCAUUCCUCGGCGAUCCCAUCCAAUUCCGGCGCCGGAGUAUCGCCGCCCGCCGGCUCAGAUCGACCUCUGCUCGGGAUGCUAUCCAACUCCAGCUUCAGUUGGCGGGCUCGCCGGAGCUCGGCUCAUUGACAGCUCAGGGCUCAGGGCCUCGGCCUCAUCUCUGUUUCCUUCCCCCUUCCCCUUGUCUCCGACUCUCUCCUCCCUUGCUCUUCCUUCCCUGGCGGCGACGACUGGCCCAUUCGUCACGUCUUCGCCCAGCCCUCUGCCGGCGACGAGCCUCCACCAGCGAAGCGCUCCGCUCCCACGGACAACUUGGGCUCAAGCGGAUGAGCAUGUGUGAGAAAGAUCAGAAUUUGCCCUGGGGAUACGAUCUUUUUCGCGAUCCUUUUGCUCCUUCUGCCGGGUACUAUGGUCCUCCUCCCGGUUACUGCGAUGGUAACUGUUGUGACCUCCAUUAUGCAGCACAUCCAAAUGAGACUCAGUUGCAUUCCUCUCUACUCACGUAUGAUUUGUACAACCCAUCAGUAGGCAUCUACCAUCCCGGUAGUGCCGAUGAUCAUGAGCACGAUACAGUAUACAUAGAACCGUCUAGUUCCUCUCCAGGCCCCGGCAGUGACGGUUAUUUUGAGAUGGAGGAGGAAGUAGGGAAGAGGUUUUACCCCAUGGUCCCAGUCCCCCAUGUCCCUAAAAUUAAUGGAGAAAUUCCAUCAGUCGAUGAAGCCACUAUGGACCAUGAAAGGCUGACAGAGAGGUUGAAGUUGUAUGAGCUGGUUGAACACAAGGUGAAAGGAGAUGGCAACUGUCAGUUCCGAGCACUAUCCGAUCAACUGUACCAAACUCCAGAUCACCAUGAGUUUGUGAGAGAGCAGAUAAUUAGCCAGCUUAAAACUAACCGUGAUGCCUAUGAUGGAUAUGUUCCCAUGACAUAUGAUGAUUACUUGGAGAAAGUUGCACGAAACGGUGAAUGGGGUGACCACGUGACAUUACAGGCUGCUGCUGACAAGUAUGGAGUAAAAAUUUUUGUGAUGACAUCGUUCAAGGAUACCUGCUACAUCGAGAUCCAGCCUAAGGUUCAGAAGUCCAACAAAGUGGUACUGUUGAGCUUCUGGGCCGAGGUGCACUACAACUCCAUAUACCCCCGGAAUGGUGAGUAGCCGUGCUAUUUGCAUGCCAGGUCAUCGUCGCCAACAUGCGCCGAGGUCGCAGACAACAAAGAGGAGGAGAUGGUGGCCUUUCUCUCAGCACCACCACCAUUGAUGGCGGAUGGCAGAAGGAUCAGCCCCAUCAUCUUCAUCUCUCUGGGACUGGGACGGAUGCCGGCACGGUGGAGCUCAUCAUCAUUGAGGAUCAGGUGGUGGUCCUGGGAGAGCUAUGGAGGGGCCGUCAUCCAAAUGAUACAAGGAGCGGCGUUAUGAUUAAAUUCAUAUACAGAGCAGAGCAGAGCAGAGCAGGCCAGAGCAGACCCGAUAUAGAUACAUGGGAUGGGAUGAAAUGAAAUAAGCAUGAGAUGAGGACUGUCCUCUGGUACAUAGUUGGAGCUGAGGCCAGUGCAUGCCAACUAAACUCUUGUAUUAUUGUUUGUAUCUACAAAUUUUGCCGCAAUAAGGCUAGAAUUACUGGGAAACGAUUAUGGUGAUAAUAAAAUGGGCAAGAAUUGAGAUGACCCA